GCUCUCUUUGCUUCUGUUCUGACUUCAGCUACUACCUACUACACCAAAGUUCAUUGCUUCCAUCUUAUUCUCUCUUCUCUAUAAUAACCUUAUAACUGUUUGCAAGAAAAGAAAUUAACAACUGGGACAAAAACCAUGAAAGGAAUUGAUUUGUUAUGUUCUUCCUCAGCUUCCACAGCUGUAACUUCUAGCAUGCACCAUCGUUCUACGGCGCGUGGAAGAACCAAAACCUACGACCAUGACGGAAGGAAAACCCAAAUCUGUGUACCUUGUUCAUCCCAAUUGCCCAUAACUCCUAAGCCUUACUUGGAGAAGCCCAGAAAGAGCUCAGCUGAUAAGGGUAGAAAAAGUUCUGUUGAUGUCAGCGAACUAUAUACUCAUCAUCAUGCUACUGCUGAGGGUUCAUCCAGAAGAUAUCUCCUUGCUGACGCGCCAUUCAUUGGGUGGGUAUCAGAGUCUAACAAAUUCACACAAAUGGUUCCUUCUCAACAUGAUGUCCAAGACAAGGCUGUGGUUAUCAAAACAAACCACGCUCCUACUGUUCGCUCAAAGGACCAGGUUGUGGUUUUGAGGGUGUCAUUGCACUGCAGGGCCUGCGAAGGAAAACUUAGAAAACAUAUUUCAAAAAUGGAAGGAGUGACAUCAUUCAGCAUAGAAAUGGAGACGAAGAAAGUGACGAUAAUCGGAGACGUGACACCACUGGGGGUACUGGAGAGUGUAUCCAAGGUCAAGAAUGCACAGUUGUGGCCAUCUCUCUGAACUUCCAUAUCUGAUACACCUUUCGGGUGUGCGUGUUUGUAUCAUUAGAAUUUGGAUAACUUGUGAAGCACUCUUAAUGUGUGUCGUGUAAAUGAACAUUUCUCCUUAGUUGUUUGGUUACUUAAUUGUUCAUUUGGUGUGUUUCACGACCAAAUGUUCACUCUUCCUCACUGCAGCCUAAAUCAAAACACACACCUGCUUAGGAGACAACGUGUGGCAAACUUUUGAAACAAGAAAAGGGUACCGUGUAUUAUUAGCUUUAAAAUGUAACCGUGCACCUAAGACCUACAUUAUUUUGUUCCUGCUCGUGAGGUUUAUUUACUAAUAUAUGAAAAUGAAGUAACUAGUA